GCCCGCUCCGAGUACCAGGACCGCUACAACGAAUGUGCCAUCGGCCCGGCUAGCAGCUUCUUCAAGCGUCUCAGGGCUGAACGCUGACAUCUUCGAGCUGCCAAGAGGUCUUCUCCAGAACCAUAAGAUGUGGUCUUGCACAGGCAAGAUGGAGCGCAUUACUGACAACCCAUGGGCCUUCAGCUACAAUGACGGAUGGACUUACGUGGGGCGCAUACGUCCUGGGCAGAAGCUUGUGCUGAACACGAAGGAAUCGACGGGCAGCCCGAAGGGCAGCAACUGCCAACCCCUCGAUGAGUCCGAACUGACCGAGCUG